AUGGUCCAGAAUGGAUUUUCGAAAAUCCAGCAGGGUUUUACGAAGAAAAAUGGAAAAAGUCCGGAAGAGCAGAUGCUCAAGGAAUGGUUCAAACUUCCGGAAUCGGUACGACAACAAACGAAAGCAUUGUUGGACGACAGAAAAAUACCGGUGGAUAAACGAAUGAAGGAGCUCGAUCAAAUUCUGAAGCCAUACGGUGGCCGAGCUGUAAGUUUUUCACAUUUUUCUUACAAAUAG